CCUUCUUUCUUUGAGAGUGCCUAACGCUGAGCUAUGAUUGGCUAGUACACCCACAAGGUGCUCGCUGAUUGGACAAUGAAACUAGCCAAUCGUAACACUGGAAAUAACGCUACCUGGGCGGGGAGAGGGAAAUAGCGCGCCGUGCUCACAGUCAAAACAGCAUACUCAAUUUUCCUACCACAGCCGUUGUAUUUUAUAUUUAUGUGUUGGACAUUUGCGCGAUAACUUGACUAAUGGAAGCGAUAUUUCACGCUCCAAAACGGAGGCCAAAGGUUUAUGAAUCUUUUGAAGCACCACUUCCUGUUCCGUUCAGCAAAGACUCUCCAUCAGAACAGCAGAUACAAACAUACAGAGCUGAAAUCAUACAGCAGCAUGUUAUAGUGAGAGAAAGCGAACAUAUUCAAGCUCUUUAUGGAAAGGGUUAUUUUGGUAAAGGGGUUCUGUCCAAAAGUAGACCACAGCACAGUAUUUCUGAACGGUGGGAAUAUGUAGGUGACACGUGUUUACCAGUCAUCCCCUUGCCAAAAUACGAGCAGCAUGUAAGAUGGGCCCGCUCUGCUCUCCUGGCUCAGGGUUUGGAUGAAGAAGCUGUCGAUCAGGUCCUGAAGGAGCUGACUCAUCCUGUCGAGCUGGAUCUGGAAAAAGAACCCAGUGAAGAACAAGUCGACGUUCAGGAACAUCAGGAGUCGGGAGCGUGUCAGACGCCAUCUUCAGAUCAGGACCAGUCGAUGGAGGAUGUAGCAGCCGCAAAAUGCGAGGAGGGAGAGGGCUCGGGAUUCUCCGAGGCUAAGAGACCUCGCAGACAAGGGGUCCCGUGCUAUGAUCCUCUAGCUGAAAUAUAUCCUGAAGAACCCGAACAAGUCGAUCCAAACGCACUCGCCAAGGUCAAAUGCAAACGACAUGAUGACUGGAUCGUUCACUGUGGAUGUCGAGUAGAUGCAAGUGAAAUGAUGAGUGGUGGGUCAGUGUCGGACACGCGGGGCUGUAAUCUAUCAGUAGCUCGUAGUUAUGUUUUGGUGGAGGAGUCUGAAGAAGAUGAAGAUGGAGAUCCUUAUGACGAGGACAUCAAACGAAGCAGAAGAGGCAAGUUGGUGUGCAGAAUCAACCCAUUUAACAUGAUGGAGUACCUACAGCUCAGUUAUGAAGAGGCUUUCUUCCUGGUUUAUGCGCUUGGAUGCUUGUCAGUUUUCUGUGAUGGGGAAGCCUUGUCGAUCCUUCAAGUUUGGAGGAUGUUUCGUUCAGCGCAGCCCAACUUCGAGAUCGCGUACGCAGCCUAUCACUACUUCCGCAGUAAAGGAUGGGUGCCCAAGUCAGGCAUUAAAUACGGCACUGAUUUAACGCUGUAUCGCAAAGGACCGCCGUUUUACCAUGCAAGCUACUCCGUGGUGGUGGAGAGAGUAGAUGAGUCACUCCAAGGUGCUCCUCUGAGGCCACUUACCUGGAGAUCUUUAGCUGCUCUCAGCCGAACCACUGCUAACGUCUCUAAAGUAAACCCUUCUCUUCACCUUUGUCAUGUCCCUACAGUUAUUCAUCAGUAUGUUAGGUUUGCACAUCGUUGUGUUCAUGUUCCACGUGCAGGAGCUGAUGUUUUCCUACGUCGUCGUGCCAUCAGAUGUGACCGAGGAGGACUUCUCCUCACCAGAGUGCCUGAAAAAGUUCAAAGUUCAGGAGAUUAUUGUGAGCAGAUGGGUAUCAUCAAAAGAGCGAACAGAACAGGAGGAUAUCUAGAAAUGAUUCAGCUCUUGAGUACCGUUAAGUUCUAAUAAAAAAUUCUUUGCACUUUCUGUAAUGCAGAUUUCUUGUGUGUAUGUUUUUCUUUGCAUAAUGCAACAGGCAGGAAUAUCUUAAUUUAAUUUAUUUAUUCAUUUUCAUAUGAUUCAUUUACAUGUGAUUCAUAUUCAUGUGAUUCAUUUUCAUGUGAUUCAAUUACUUUUUCUCUUCUCUCC